AUGUCCCAAAUGCAGUUUUCAUCCGAUGACGAGCUUAACCAUGCUCCGGUUCCUCCGCCGCCAUCAGCUGGCCCCAGGACAACCUCUCCACCGGAUACCGCCUCCAAGCCCCACGUUUCAUCUCGCGGGCGCCGGUCUGCGCAAGCAACCCCUCGCACGCCAAGACGCCGAGGUUUACCCUCACCUCCACCGGCGAGGACUCCAGCUUCCUCCCCGGCAUCCUCCUAUCGUUCGGCCGUACCAACGAUUCCGCCUAUUGGGAAGUGGACAGUCUUGAGUCUGAGACAAGCGCUGAUAAACUCUGAUAUUCAGCCCUCGCGCAGGAUGACUAAAGCGCAACUAUACAACUUAUACGUUACCUUGCAAUCAUCAAAUCUCUCUCCUAAAUCCACCCCAGGUUCCAAGGCGGCCAGCAGGCCGGGAAAAUCUCGUGAGGCCCCGAAUUCGCCUCGCCCGACUCCGCCACCUUCCCGUGCAAGAUUCGGUUUGCCGCACGCUUCAGCCCGCGGCGCCAGGAUUUCUGCGAGCCUGGGUCGCGCUCCAGAUUCCACCGCCACGAGACCUCACUCGCCUCCCGCUUCAGCUGAGCUUUUCAGCACGGCGCUUCCCGCCGCAGUGCCAUACACAGCUGGGCCCGCCGGGUCACCCUCUGCCUCCCAGUGUUUUCCUCCUGCUGUUUCUAACUCUUUUCCUCUGCAGUGGCCUCCGGCUCCCAUAGCAGACGCUAGCGUGAGGCUGCCUCCGCUAGCGGUGCAGGCUCAAACUUUCCACCACCUUCCCGCGACUACUGCUAACCCCUCCCAUUUUCAGUGGCCUGCAGCUCAAGCAACCCCACAGGCCGACUUAAGCGUGAGGCUGCCUCCGCCGAUAGUCGCAGCCCAGGCUUCUCUCCCUUACAGCUCUCUCUUAAAUGCCAAAUCACAAUAUUCUCUUUUCACAGCUACCCCGAUGCCAGUCCCACCAAACGCUGUCGCUCUGGAGCCUCCCCCAGUGACUCAAAACAUCCGAGCACAGAUUCUGGCAGCUCACCACCCGGACUCUGACUUCACUGAAUAUCUGCUGUCUGGCCUACAACACGGUUUUAAACCGGGAGUGGUUUGUCCGCUCUCCCAAAACAUAAUCUGCGAUAAUCUCCAAUCGGCUCUCGCCGAGCCCAACGUGGUAGACAACCUGAUUAAAAAAGAAGUCGAGUCAGGCUUCAUGAUUGGCCCUUUUGCCGAGCCUCCUUUCAAAGUUUUUCGCAUUAGCCCCAUUGGAGUGGCUACGAGAAAGUUUUCAGGUAAGAAACGCCUCAUAGUCGAUCUGUCAGCUCCACAUAAAUCCCUGUUCCCAAGCAUUAACAGCCUGAUCCCACUCGACGAAUUUUCUCUCAAAUAUCACGACGUAGAUCACGCAGUCGACCUCAUAAAAAUCGUGGGUCGGGGUGCCUGGCUCGCAAAAAUUGACAUCACUUCGGCUUUUAAAGUGAUGCCCAUCCACCCGGAUUCAUGGCACUUAUUCGGAGUGCGCUGGCAUGGGAAAUUCUAUUUCGCCGUACGCUUAACUUUUGGAUGCAAAAGCAGCCCCAAAAUUUUUGACAUGCUAUCUGAAGCCAUUUGCUGGAUCUUGUUAAACAAUUACGCGAUUCCUCACCUCAUUCACCUGCUGGACGAUUUUCUAAUAAUUUCGCCUCCCGGCGCCAUUCCAGCAGCCCAGAUCCUCACAGUUCAAAGAGUAUUUGCCGAGCUCGGAAUUCCCAUCGCCCAGGAAAAAACCAUGGGUCCCGCCACAUCCAUCGAGUUCCUUGGCAUUAAGCUAGAUUCAGUUAAAUACCAGGCCUCCCUGCCCAAGGAAAAAAUCGAUAGAAUAAUCCUCAUCUCAUCUACCCUCGUAGACAGUUCAAAGUGUUCCAAACGCGAACUCCUAUCCAUGCUCGGCCACUUAAACUUCGCCAUGCGCAUUAUUCCACAAGGCCGCCCUUUCAUUUCUCAUCUCCUCUCUCUCGCGUCUUCAGUUCACGCACUAGAGGAUCUCAUUUCCCUAACUCCAGCAUGCCACGACGAACUCAGGCUAUGGAUAACUUUUCUUAAACAGUGGAACGGCCUAUCAUUUUUCUAUAAGGAUCUAAUUUCCUCCCCCAUCGACAUCCAGCUGUUCACAGAUGCAGCCCCCUCAGUCGGCUUUGGGGGGUUCUGCCAAGGACGCUGGUUCGCGUCUACGUGGCCCCCCCAAAUACAGGACACGCUACAGUCCUCCGCAUUAUUCGAGCUCUACCCUCUCGUAGUAGCAGCCUUCCUGUGGGGGAAAGAAUGGACUGCUAGCAGUAUCGUAGUGCAUUGUGACAAUGAAGCUACAGUCCAGUGCAUUAAUAAAGGCCGUUCCCAUUCACCCGCACUGAUGCCACUUCUAAGACGUCUAAUCUGGAUUUCAGCAUGUGAUCAAUUUAUCUUAAUUGCUAAACACAUCCCCGGGUCAAAAAACCAAAUUGCUGACUCUCUGUCUCGCUUUAUGUUUCAGAAAUUCAGGAUGCUGGCUCCAGAGGCAGACAAGCUACCAACUCCAGUACCUCAUUAUUCGGAAUUAAUAUUCCCAUAACCCACCCGCAAAAAUCCCUCCUCAACAUAUCGCUCGACACCAUUCUCCAAGCAGUUUCCCCCAGAACUCUCCAAUCCUAUGUGACCGCAUGGAGAUGUUUUAAAGCCUUCCACCUUUCUUACAACACGCCAUUCCCUGAUUUUUCCCUCCUUACAAUUACCUCCUUCAUCUCUUACCUUAACAGCGUUAAGAGCCUCCAAGUCGGGUCCAUCAAAAGUUACUUAAGCGGCAUCCAAUUUUUUCACAAAUUGAUUCACGGCGCCCCCUCACCGGAGAUAAAUAAUUCACAAACCUCCCUCUUAAUUAAAGGCAUCCAACGAUCCCAGCCCACCCGCCCGGACACCAGACAACCCAUAACGUUAGAUAUUCUUACUAAAUGCAUUCAUACCCUCCGCUCAGGCUACCGAUCC